AUGGCCUAUUAUGCUACUGAUGAUAUCUUUAUCAGUUGUUCGCUUCCUUUGACAAACGUUACUAUUCAAAUCACUGUAUCCAAGACUGUUGGUGCAACAUUCAACGGUUAUUCUAAUACAUUUCCAGCUGGACAGACCACUGAAUCUUAUAUUGAUAAUGGUACAGAUAUAAUCUAUACAUGGACAAUAAUAGGUGGACAAACAAUUAACUGUGUAAGUUCAACGUAUCUGAUCGAAGCACAGUAUCACUUAUCUGGAACAUCACAACCUAACAAUGUCGAUAGUUAUACAACAAUAAUAGAAACUAGUAAUGGUGUCACUACUGUAAACUCUGGAUAUUUUUAA